UAUUCUAUACCGUCGGUUGAGCAGCAAGCAACGUUUGGAAUUCAAAAUUUCCACAUAAAAGCACAUAGGAUACAAGUUUAGUUAAAGAUUUGGCACAUUAAAAUUUUUUGCUAAUGGAUAUUUCCAAGGCCGAGAGUCAAAUACCCGCGGGAGAGCGUCGAUCUGCGAGUCCUGAUUAUCUGAGAACCCUGCUGCAGGACAUCCUGUGCUUCCUGGUCCUGCUCUCGGUGGCCUUGCUAAUUGUGGCUGGCAUUUUGUUUGUGGUGGAGGACGUAAGCCGGCUCCAGCAGCAGCACCAACACCAGCAGUACCACCACCACCACCAUCGCCACAUGCGUCCGGAUCUGAUAGCCAAUGACCUAAAAGGAUCGCCGAUCGAGGAGGCACCGAGGGAGCAAGGUCAAGUCUUCCGACCGCACACAUGGAUUCGAUUCUUUAACUGCAGGAACAAGGUACCACAGCAGCAGCAGGAAGAAGUUGAAAGGGAGGCGGUCCAGUUUGGCCCACCAAAGGACGAUCAUGCUCAGCAGAUCCCAUUAGAUGCCGUUCCAACUUAUCAACCUGCCAUAGAACAUUUACCGCUGCGCUCUGGCGGAGAUUACAUAGAUGAAGCGAUCAACAAAAACCCGAAUCCGGAACUCCACCAUUUUCUGCCCAAUAAUAUUAUGAUCUAAAGGAAUAUGUCGAAAAUGCUGUUUGAAUGUCCAAAUUGACCGCUUUGCAGCUCCGGACUAUCGGGUUUCUCCUGGUAGAUUUGUCAAUUGAUGUUUAGCAUAGCCUUUAGUGGGCCAUCAAGAACUAGGACAUUUCCAAGACGAAUGUUUUCGCAGAUAACAUAAUAUGCUGAAUUGUGCAAUAAAUAAAAGAACAGCUAUGUUAA